AUUAGAGCAUCAUUACUCGUCCUGAAUUCACUGUGUCAAAAGUCUCUUAAUAAACGUGUGUAAUUGGUAAAGAUUAUGGCUAAGCGUAAGAAUGAGAAUCAGAGUGGACGUAAGACACGCGCCAAACGAGCUGGGCUUCAGUUCUCAGUAUCACGUGUGCAUCGUCUUCUGCGCAAGGGAAGAUAUGCAGACAGGUUAGCCGGCGCAGCGCCAAUUUACCUUGCAGCCGUUCUAGAGUAUUUGGUCGCCGAAGUGCUUGAAUUGGGAGGCAAUGCUGCCCGUGACAACAGGAAGAGCAGGAUCAUUCCGCGUCAUCUGCAGCUGGCCAUCCGCAACGACGAGGAGCUGAACAAACUUCUGUCUGGCGUCACCAUUGCCCAAGGCGGCGUUCUGCCCAACAUUCAGGCAGUGCUGCUGCCCAAGAAGACAGUAGACAAGACGCCAAAAAAAACAAGUUGAAAGAAAAUCUUCUAUAGAUUGCUGAUCUUUCUUGCCCAAUCAUUAGAAAUACUAAGCAAAUGUUGUAACUACGCUCUCUUCCAUCACUCUACUUGUACUAAAAUUGGGGCAAUUCGAGAAAAAAUCCAAAAGGCAUAUUUAUGAAUAAUAAAAUUA